AUGUCUGGCAGUGGUCCUGAACAACCAUUUGGCUCCCGGAAUCGCCAGCCACCUCCGUUUGGGCGACAAUCAUCCGCUCCAUCCUUCAGCCAAUCCCCAGACGAUCCCCAUGGCUCCUCAACUUUUGAGGUCUCACCGAUGACAACCUUUCCUCACUCCACGUAUACCUCUCCUCUUCGAUCAGGCCUCGACUGGCAGACCCGCGCGGCCACCGCAAACCACUUGCUGUCAAGCGGCCAACCAGAUCACUCACACCACCACCCAUCUGGCCGUGAUUCCCCCGACCCAGACGACUUCUACCGACAACAAGACCGAUUGACAACGGAGGAUCCUCAUGUGACAAGCAAUUUUGGCGAUGCAACCGCGGGUGCGAACGAUGGUAUGGCAUCGGGCUAUGGCGACCUGAAUGAUCGGGUGUCUCCACUGCCGACAAACGUCCUUGAUCCUUCGCGCCAGAGACGGUCAGAAUAUCGUUCCGUAUCUGAUUCGCCAACAUUGGGUGGUCCCGUACCAAAUGCAUUAUCUGCGGCCUCCUCCCUGAGGCCCCGUCAAUCGCGACAAUCCUCCUUCAAAGAUCUGAUUAACAAGUUCAACAACACAUCGGACAACGUCCUCCCUCUACCCUCUAUCUCUCGAACCACAUCACGAACUGCAAGCCCUGCCGGUAGUGCCGACGGCUCUGAACGUCAUCAGACCUUUCCUCGACGUCGAACCCUUCGUGAUUCUCCUCCGCACGGCUCAAUCACCCGCCAUCCAAAACCUCUGCUCAACUCCACCCAUCAAUAUUCCGAGGAAGAGAGAUUCGUGCCUGGACAACUCGAUGCAGCAGAAGUCGUUCCUCCACCUCUCUUCCAACGAAUCCCGAAAUCAUACCCGCGACGACCGCUGUUUGGUGAAUUGCUGUCGGUGAAUACUGAAUUGAAUAAUUUGGGAUUCGGUCUUCCUGCACACUUGAAACGACGAGGUUCUGACGGCAGUCUCCCAAGCCCGAACCCAGCGUUCCUCGACCAGUCAAACCCGCCAUCUGCACUUUCUCCCCUCACUCCAACUGCUUGGUAUCUUGGACAAGCUUCUUCUCUCGAAGCAGUUCAGCCAGGAGCAAGUAAGACCAGCAGUCAUCGCAGAGUGCGAAGUGACUUGGUGGGAAGCACGCCGCGUGAACCCCAAUCCCUUACGGACCCUUGGGAUCCUGACAUGGCAGUCGCCACACCCUUGCAGCUGGCCAAAGCUGGCUAUGGAUCGCCAGAUAGCCCUGGCAGUCCUGGAAGUCCAAAUUCCAGGUCCCGCAUUCCAGUCUCCUCGCGCCGCCUCAGUACUGGUUCCGGCCCUAAUAAUCCGACUUUAAAUCCGACUUUCAGCAGCCGAUCGACAGGCAUUCCUCUGGCCCCGAAGGGCACCAGUCGUCUUCCUAAACCGUCUUCUAAAGAUAGUAGCCCAACCCGCAUGGCGGCCGAUGGACCCGCUUCGUUUGCGAUGACGGCUCGUGGGCGCCGGGACCUGACGAUUGGCCGGACCCGUAGCCAGGUACCCGAACGGAACCAGCUUCUCCAAGCAUACAUCGCUGCACCGCCUCCCAAAAAGUCACCGCCAUUGCGCAGCUCACGCCCCCGACAACCUGUUUCACAUGGUAUACCAAAUUCUCCACGAUCCAAAGUUGGGGAAAGAGUCUCCAGUUUCCAAAAAUCCUCGGAACGUGAUACCGAGGCCCGCCCUCCCCGCUCUAGAGGUCGUCCCUUACCAGAACUGGGUAACGUUGAUUUCGAGACACGUCGACAACGAAUCCAGCAAGCAAUAAAUCGCACUGUUCAAGAGAAUGAACGGAAGGAAGAAGCUGCCGUGGAGCUUCGACGUCGCGCCUGGGAAAGAGACGCUGCCCGCGGAGAAGUCGAUUCACCAGCCGAAGACGAAGUUACGACUCCUGAUACAGCGACAACAACCACCGCACAACCAUUUGAAAUGUCGACAACGGUUGUAACUGAGACGGCCGCACCACCUGGUGCUUCCGAAAAUGAGCCUCAUACUGUCCCCCAACUUCAUCUCAACACCGCCAACAAUGUACCUGACAGCGAUGUUAAUCAUACCACAAUGGAUUCGCCAACACUGGGUAUUCCGGACGAGCUGUCUCGAGCACCACGGAUUGCGUCGGAUCCAAUGGUGAACGACGUUCCUCAUUCUGCCACAACCUCAGACUCAAGUGGCACCCAUGUGACGACCUUUGACCCAGAGCCGCAGUCUGGGUUGCAGGAGCGACAGCCUAGCUUAUCCCAUCAAACCAUCUUGGAUCAUAUUAUGCAAAUUCGUGAGCCGAGCUCCGGCAGCGAGUCUUGCGAUGAGCCUGAUUGUAGCAUUUCUGAUACCGAAGAUAAAGAGUCGAUCCAGAUCAUGCUUCGCAAUUCGAACUAUCCCAAGUCUGAGGGCACCGCAAAUAAUGCAGAGGACCCAUCGGGAUCGACAAUCAAUCCCAGAACUCAAGCUCUUGUCCAUCCAAACAAUAGGUGGAGUAUGAGUUCAUGGUCUUCUUCUCUCCGCCACCAAAACUCGACUUGCGAUGAGAGUGGGGAUGAAGUGACCAUGUAUGCUCCUAAUUCUCAGCACGAAAUUGAGUCGACCAACCAAUCAUGCUCCGCAGCCUCGUCCAGUCCUGAGACAGAUGAAGCUGGGGACUACCCGUUCCAGGAUAUUGGCGUUAUGGGGCCUGACACGCUUGAAGCCAUGCAAACUCGACCCGCACAGGUGUUCUCAACUCCACCAAGCCUUGCUCGACAAGGGAGAUGGAGCUCGCGUGCUGCCACCCAACUUUAUCUGCAAGAGUUAACACGAACUCAACAUACGAAUAUCCCAAGUCCUGUCCCUGAGGAACACCGACCCCAUGAACGUGAUCUCCGGACCGAUGGUCGUGUGAACUCUCUGACGGAGGAUCCCGUUGUCAUUCCUGGGUAUCAAGAAAUCCCCGUAGAUGACACAUUUCGCCCUGGUGCCAGCCUUAGAGGCCCAGAGGAUUGGGAACAUGCUUCUCCGUCGAUGUAUGACUGGCUGAAGAUCCAGGCGGAGCAUGAAGCAGCGACUCCCCAGACCGAUGAUCUGCAAUUCUCACCAGAAGAAAUGCCAACUCCUCGCAUGGGGUAUUCCACCCAGGCUAGCGAACCUGGUAAUGCUCAAUCUGGACUUGGUCUGUCGCUUCAAAAGGGCCCUGAAGAGAUUCCUCGCCGGCCAGUAGAGCUGCCUGCUGACUCUAACACGACCUUCGAUUCUUCUGCUUACCCUCCGACGAGCAUUGCUCCAGCACUUCGAGUCAGCCAUAGUGCUGGCAGUAGCGAUGACUCCUCAUUCCGGCCUCUCGAACCUACUCAAUCUCCGCAAGCAGCAGACUCUUCAGCUACUUCGCUAGCUCCGUCUGAGCAUCGCGUUCACGUGGAGGCUCGCAAGUCGCCAUCCCCAGAACAAAGGCGACUGAAGAAGCGGCGCCACAUCAUCAAAGAGCUAGUCGAUACGGAGUACAAGUUCGGUCGUGAUAUGAAGGUUGUCGACGACAUUUACAAAGGCACUGCUGGGUCGUGUUCUGAUCUGACAAAGGAUGACAUUCGAAUCAUUUUCGGCAAUUCCGACCAGGUUGUGCAGUUCUCUUUCGCCUUCCAGGACACAUUGAAGAAGGCCACUCGCAGCAUUUACGUCAUGCCAAAGUCACAGCGCUGGAGCAGCAAGCGCAGUACGCAAAACGGUCGACCCGGAUCCUGUGGGCCCGAUGGCUUGACCAACCCAAGUACCAGCGAGUCGUAUCUCGAGAAGGACCGAUCGACCUCCGUCGGUGAAGCAUUUUUGGCCCAUCUUUCGCAAAUGGAAAAGGCCCAUGCUACCAAUUUGAAGACUCGCGAUCCUGCGAAUAAGAAGCUGGAAACCAUGCAGCAGAAACAAAAUGUGACAAUCUGGCUGAAUGAAUGCCGAGAAUGGGCGUCCGAUCUCACUGAUGCCUGGGAUCUGAGCUCGCUACUCGUCAAGCCUUUCCAGCGCGUGCUCAAAUACCCUCUUCUCCUAACUUCUCUCCUGGAGUCCACGCCUACGGAUCAUCCCGACUACGUGAAUCUCGUCGCAGCUCUUCAAAAGACAAACGAGAUGACGGAACGUCUCAACAAAUUGAAGGGUCGAAUUGAACUCUUUGAUCAAGCCCUCGGGCGCGGCCGUAAAGAAUCGGAUGUGCGUGCGAACCUGACCAAAGCAUUUGGACGCCGUACAGAGAAACUGCGACAACAAGUUGGCUUGUCCGAUAUACUCGAUGACAAAGUCUACGCUGCCAUGGCUUGUAGAUUUGACGAGAAGAUGUUACAGUUGCGGGUGAUCGUGUCAGAUAUUGGGUUAUACAAUUCCCAGGCUGAACAAUUCGCCGAGCAACUACUCGAGGUUUCCCUAGCGAUCGAAGAGAUGAUCGAUGUGGCAAAGACAGGCUAUCCCGAAUUAGAGAGCAAGUGGCGUCACUUCAAGACGACGACCGUUGAAAUCCGCACCGUACUCGUCACUGAGCAUAUCGAAGCCGUCCAGAAAGCUGUCAGGCAACCGAUCGAAGAACUAGUCGCCAUGCACUCCAAAGCCUUUCGAGCCAUGCAGCGGCGCGAGAAGCGACUACUUGACCACGCGCGUUACAAGGUUCUUGAGGAACGUGGCGAUACUCCUGACAAGAAGCUCAAGGAGCAGGAGGCGCAUUUCCAAGCUAUUGAUGAAACCUUGAAGGAAGAGCUUCCCCAACUCUACAACCUGUCGUGGAAGCUCACGCAAGCCUGCCUCAAGAACUUUGUCCAUCUCCAGUCUUCAUUCCUUAUGGCACUACAAAGGAAAUUAGAGCCUCAUGUGGAGGGCCUCCCGGUGGACUUCCCCGUGGACUUCCAGAAGAUUCUCAGCGAUUGGACCAAUGACCACGGUUUUGCCGAGGCCCAGGUCCUCACGCUAGGUAUCUGCAAUGGAUCUUUGCUAGCCGACGCGGUUAACCUGGUCAACUUCAAUACGCCCUCAACGAACGUCAAUUCCCCCCGCCGACCUUCUACCGUCAACAGCUCUACCCAUCGUCCCGACUCGAUGACGGAAGACUCACCCAAAGUUUCUCACGACUAUGGUGGCGUUGGCCAGCUUUUCCAGUCCCCUCAAAUCGACAGUCAAUCCAGCUUUAGUCGCACUCGUGCCAAUUCCACCUUUUCCGGCCGAGCACCCCCGGAAACACCAGAGACCGGCCGCAGUCAGCUUUUACAGCAAAUAACAAAUUCAUCAUCCACCCCGAGUAUCGCGCAAGCCCCAAAGCCCGUGGAGACAGAGUCCUUCCCAAGUCUGCCAAGACUGAGUCUCGACACGCCUUUCCUCGCAGAGAUGAUCAGCGCCUCGUCGAGUGAUCAUAAUCUACCAACCUCUCCAGCUGGUCGAUACUCUGGCUUUUUCUCCUCCGCUAUGCCUAUGUCUGACAACCCUCACGAGGAGAACCAUGUCGACAACCACCCGCCGGUUGAGCACCACCCAAGCGCGCCUCGAGUGCUGUUCCUCGCAGCCAGUGUCGAGCAAUUCCAUUACGAGGGGGAACGCCGCGGCGAAGCAGGAUAUCCAUAUCUCACCUAUGAAUCCGGUGACAUUUUCGAUGUCAUCGGUGAAAAGGGUGAGCUAUGGCUUGCGCGAAACCAAGAUGAUGACUUGCAUCAGGUCGGGUGGAUCUGGAACAGGCAUUUCUCCAAAGUUGGCUCAUGA